AUGGGUCAAGCAUCUUCCUCUUCUUCUGCCUCUCCUAUUUCCCCUGGAACUACGACGCUUCCUAGAGAUUAUCGUGGAAAUUCACGUGAGAAUGAGCAUGAGAGAUUUAUCAGUACGGAGACGACACAGUUGUUGACACCGGACCCGGAGGAGGAUAUCGAGGGAGAUGCGGAUGUGAGGAGUGGAGAUGGACAUAGGAGUAUGGUUAUAGGGAGACAUGAUGGCCAUGCGUGUUAUCACCCUCAUGCCAUUGGAGAUAUAUGUUAUCCCCAAGAUGAAUUUGGGGAUUUGCCGGUUUAUAAGACGAUUCAUCGGAUAAGGAGAGAUAUCAUCUCGGCGAUUGAUGAUCCAUAUAGUCUGGAACAAUUGAGGGAUCCGAGAUUGAAUGUAUCGGUUGUGAGGCCAUUGGUAGAUAAGCUGUAUGAUUUGGAUGAUUUGUCGGUUGUCUAUUGUCUUCUCGUCAACAAAACACAGUUCCAACGUGAACAAUUGGCUCUACCUCAUCAACAGAGCAUUUGCACCACACGUGCCCAUCUAUGUGAAAUAGUCGCCAAUCGAGUUCUGCGUCGUUUCCACGAGGAUCAUACCGGCUCGGAAGGGUUACUUCUUCUGUCUCGCAUUCUCGUAGGAGGUUUCGAUCCAUUUCAAGGUGCUCCAAACAAUGUCAUCCAAGAAAGCAGCAACUUUGGUUGGGCUGCGAAGUCCCGUACAGGCGCCAAUCGAAGAUUACCAGCCUUAGAAAUUGCCAUUAUUUCUCAAAGUAAAGCCUUCCUCAGUUCGUCGGCUUGCCAAAAAGUAAUCAGCGCAAUAUACGAGGGUCGGAUCAUAUAUACCCCCACGGCGUUCAUGGAUAUUCUACCUGAUCACUACAAGAAUAAGCCAAUUUCGUUGUACAAUCCAAGAGAGGCGCCAUUGUUUAACCAAUAUAGACUUAUAGUUCCUCGUACAAGGAAUUAUUUGGAAGUUUGCCACUUUCUGCUACUGUUGGUUUUCUAUCUGUAUGUCAUGGCAGAUCGUGAUCCAUCUACAUUUGGUGGGAUUGAAUUAUUAUUCAUUGUUUAUACAUCAGGUUGGUCUUUAGAUCAGUUUUGCUCUAUACUUGAACACGGAUGGCACGUAUACACCCAGAAUCUGUGGUCCUUCCUCGAUGUUACUUUCGCCGCGAUCUUUGGAAUUUAUCUCGCGCUUCGCUUCAAAGGCUGGCACACUGAUAACGUUGGCACUGGCCAACAAGCAUUAGAUGUCCUCGCCUUGGGAGCUCCUGUCCUUGUUCCACGUCUAGCGUUCAAUCUUAUGUCCGAAAACAUGCUUUUCAUUUCUCUUCGGGCUAUGAUGCGCGAUUUCACUGUACUCACGGUUCUUGCUGUGUGGUGCUUUGCUGGAUUUCUGCUCUCUAUGAUUUGGCUUGGAAAUGGUAUCCAUGAGCCAAUAACCGUUUCUAAAUGGAUGCUCUGGAUAUGGUUUGGACUCGACGGUACAGGCAUCACAACAUCUGCUCAAUUCCAUUGGCUCCUCGGUCCAAUCCUCAUGGUCACUUUCGCAUUCCUAGGCAACACCCUCUUCCUUACCAUCCUCGUCUCCAUGCUUUCAACAACCUUCUCAACCAUCGUUUCAAAUGCUACCGCAGAGAUCCAAUUCCGUCGCGCCGUCCUUACUCUCGAAGGUGUCAAAUCAGACUCCCUGUUCGCCUAUUUCCCCCCCUUCAAUAUUCUUGCCCUCUUUGUCCUCAUGCCUCUAAAAUUCGUUUUAACACCCCGUUGGUUCCACAAGAUUAACGUAGCAGCCGUGCGUUUUCUCAAUGCUCCCCUUCUGCUCCUCAUCGGCUAUCUCGAACGACGUCAGUUGUGGGCCGGUCCCCGUCGUCAAAAGGAAGCAGAACAACUACCCCGUCUUCCACAUCGUCCUCGACUUUGGGAUUUUUCCAGAGGCUUUAGCGUUCAUGGUGACUUGCAAGCAGUGUUUGAUGCGGAACCUCCGAGUGAUAUUGCAAGUGAAAUUGGAAUAGAAUCUGACAACGAUAUCCGACGCGAUCGGAAUGUUUUCGAAAAUGACUUUGCCCGAGAAUUUAAUGUGUCGACAAAAUCAAAAUCAAAAUCUGGACAAAAACCAGUUAAUCCGAGAGAACACAUGAAGAGAAGAGAUACGGCUAAUAGCGCUAAGAGAAUUAGAAGAGAUUCGGUAGCUCCAUUCGCGGGAAUGACUGUACCGAAACAUUUAAGAGAUUUGUUGAAUGAGGGGAGUAGCGAUGAAGGAGGCGAGGAUAUCAAAGGAAGGUUAGAGAAACUUGAGCAGUGUAUGGGGAGGGUAGAAGGAUUGUUAGGGAGAUUGUGUAGGGAUUUGGAUGGGAAGAGUGAAGAGGGUGGGGGUGAAGAUGGUGAUGUGGGAGGAGAUGGAACAUUGAGUGAUUUAGAUACGAAUGUGGCGGUAGAAUUUUCAGAUGACUAG